GGUAAGAAAUAGUCGAUCGAAAUCCUUCAAAUGCUCCCUUAGUAUUUGGCAUUGUUCCAAAACGUGGUAGAACUGAAACGGUACAUUCACAUUGAUCUCAAAAUGGCUUUUGCAGUCGGGAAAUGGAAACUUGUAGCUUCUACUAAAUUUGAUGACUAUUUGGCGGCAAUGGGUGUUGGAUAUCUACUGAGGAAGAUGGCUUCAGCUGCUACACCCACACAGGAAAUAACAGUGGAUGGAGACCACUGGCACAUCAAGACCAUUACUACCUUUAAGACAACAGAACUGGAUUUCAAAAUUGGAGAACCCUUUGAGGAAACUACUGGAGAUGGCAGGAAAGUAAAAGCCACCUGUACACUAGAUGGACAAAAAUUAACUCAUGAGCAAAAAGGUGAACCAUCAUCCAUUAUCACAAGAGAAUUUGAUGGAACCAAAAUGAACAUGGUUCUUACAACGAAGAAUGUAGAAUGUACAAGAAAGUAUGAGAAACUAGAAUGAGGAUGUUUUCAUUACUUAUCGAUCACUUUUUGAUUUUCACUUUAACUAUCAAAAAUAGAAGAAAACACCAAGAAUCAGUACUUAUGCUUGCUUCAUUGACUAUAAAAACACGACUUGGUUCAACUAAAAACAUGGCUUCCAUUGUAAAUAAUUUUGAUGAUACUGUUCAAAAUGAAUACAUGCUAUUGAUGUAAAAUCUUUUUCUUUCCAAAGUGGAUUAUAUUUUGUAUUAUUGUGUGAAAGAUGAAAUAGACAAAUGAACUGUGGCUGAUGACCAGUAAUAAAUGUAUAUGUAUGGUUAGGUUUGUCAGGUAACAAUUGUAUAAGCUGAUUUACAAAUAUACACACAUAUCGGGUAAUGCUCAGUACAAUGCAUAAGGGUAAUAGCAUUUUGUGUUUAAUAAAUAUGAGUGGCAUAAUCCAGCAAGGAAUUACAACUUACCGGUAAUUCUCAUAAUCCGAAGACCAAUAAGCACAUUCCUAUAUAUAAUCUUCUUACAUUUAUAGCAAAAGCUGUUGUGAAUGAAAGACUUAUACCUACAUAUUAAACUUUUCAACUUUUUAUUUUAUUCUUUGAAAAAAAAGACCUAAAAUAUGCAAAAUUAUUAAUUCAUUGAGAUUAUUUACAAUUUUUUAACUAUAAAUACUUCCAUCUGUCAUGAAUGUUGAGGUUGAGUGUGAGUAUAUGGGUGCAUGUUCUACCCAUGCACUGGAUCAGCCCAAAAAACUUAAAAAAUAACAAUGAAAUAUGUGAUAUUAGAUUCAUCCAAUUCAUUGUGAAGCAAUAAAUCCAUCACAUCCAAUUGUGGGAGCUUGCUUCUGCACUCUCCCCACACCUCCAAAAAUUCAUAAAUAAUAAAAUUAAAUCCCAGGGAAUUCCACCUAUCUAUAUAUGUUUUAGUAGUUGAUGGAGUGAUCUUGUUAACACAUACUCUCAUUUGUAUUAGUUUUGUCUUUGUUGUUGUUUAUUGUGUUUGUUGGUUACUAUAGUCCGUCCCAUCCUCUUAACAAAAAUGUUUUUUGUAAAUAACUUUAGUUUGGUUUCACAUAAGAAGAAAAGUAAGCGUUUUGGAAAUAACAACAAAAUACUAUUUUUGUGUGCAAUUUAGAAAACAGUCGGCUCAGAAAUAGAUUGUAGUAAAUUCCAUAGUAUGAAAAAAGGCGUUGCCUAUAGGAAGGACUAUAGUACAUUUGGAAAUACUCUGCCAUGUGUUAAAGGAAGGAACAUCAAGUGGCAUGUUAUCAUCCCAUUUUAUUCUGAUAUACGUACCGUAUAUCUUCGCCUGUAAGUCGAUCUCGGCUAUAAGUCGAGUCCCUAAUUUCAAGCCCUGAAAACUUAUUUUUUUAUUGACCCGUUUAUAAGUCGACCCAUGAAAAACUACUUAUAAAUA